UUGUUUGUCAACAUGAACUCUGCCGCCGCCGCCGCUGCCAACAACAACAUGGACUGUUGUCGAACUUGCCUUACUGUUAGGUCGCUUCGGUUGAGCGCCGAAGCAAUAUGGCACAUAGAUGACUCCAUGUUGCAGGACAUUAAGCGUUAUUACAAAAUUCAGAUAAACGAGCGUGACAAAAAAACAACCUGGAUGUGCGAAAAGUGCAUCCAAAAUGUCAUAUUGUGGCGUGAGAGAUUAAAAAUGGCAUUGAAGAAUCAGUUAGUGAUAGAUUGGCUGGCCGAAAAGGCUGCCAGUCAGUGUAAGAACAAACCGCAACCAUAGGAAGCUUCUUAUGUUUUACGGUGUAUACAUGGUGAUUUUUCUAACUCGAUUAUUUGUAGGGUUUAGUCAGUUAUUGAAUUUUUUUUUUCGUCUAUGUGAUCUCAACUUUUCCUUACAUAGUGUUGAGUCGAAAAAUCACAAUGUAUAUAAGUUGCACGAAUUGUUCUUUUGUUUUUCUUUUAUUUUACAUUUUUUU